CGCAGCCAACGCCGCCGCCACCUCGUGAACAUGGAGACCCCGGGAGUCCGCGCCGGGGCACGCAGGACUCCGCGGCUGCUGUGCCUCGCGCUUCUGCUGGCGGCGCACCCAGGACGCUGGAAUCUGGGCCCAGCGCCCUCUGCCUGCUCAGACCCAAGAGUCCAGGUCCCCAAGUGGCUUCCCUAGGACAUAGAAGACCCAAGCCCCUGGGCUGUCCCCUCCAAGGUUCUCAAGUUUGAGGGAGCUUGGCUGCCUUCAGCAAAGCUACGCCGCAGCCAAGCAAGUGGUUCCUACAAUAUGAGAGUUUCCCCAGCCAGCAUUCAGAGUCCAGACUCCAUGGAGAACCCGCCUCCCUCGGAAAGGGCCGAGUCCCAGCCCUGGCAGUGAGGGUGGAUGGAGCAAAGUGUUUCCGAGUGACAGUGCCCCCUGCCUGGGGCCCCCCAUCAGUGCACACACCUGCAGGCGGUGGGAGGGACAGGGGCAGGGACAUGAAAGGGGCCGAGGAAGAAGAGGGCAUCUGGCCUUCCUCACUGCCUGCGCCUCAGACCCAGGCGGGCACCAGCCCGCCGCUCCCCUGGAUGCUUGGGAAUCCAGGCCCCUGGCACAGCAUGCUGUCCAGGCCGAGAUGCACGUGUCCGUGCCCCCUCUGGUGGAGGUGAUGCGGGGAGAGCGGGUCAGCCUGAACUGCACCCCCUCAAAGAAGCCUGACCACUUCGUGCUGGAAUGGUUCCUGAUCGAGCGCUCCGGGGCCCGCCGCCGCCUGGCCUCGGCCGAGCAGCAGGGCUCCGAGCUGCAGCUGCAGCGGACCGUGCACGACCCCCGGGGCCGCAGACCCCCAUACCAGCUGGACCCCCAGGGGAGCCUGGUGCUGGCCGAGGCCCAGGUGGGUGAUGAGCGGGACUACGUGUGCGUGGUGACGGCUGGGGCUGCGGGCACCGCUGAGGCCACCUCAAGGCUCCGGGUGUUUGCCCAGCCAGAGGCCGCCGAGGUGCUCCCCAACACAGGGACGCUGUCCGUGAUGGACAGUGCCCCGCAGAUUGCCACCUGCAGCAGUAGGAACGGGAACCCAGCCCCACAGAUCAGCUGGUACCGGAACGGGCGGCUCCUGGAGCUGCCCACGGAGAUGAAUGAAGAGGGAUAUGUGACCAUCCGCACGGUCCGGGAGGCCUCGGGCCUGCUGUCCCUCUCCAGCACCCUCUACCUGCGCGUCCGCAAGGCCGACCGCACCUCCAGCUUCCACUGUGUCGCUCAGUACAGCCUGCCCGGGGACCGGCACGGCCGCCUGGACAGCCCUGCCUUCAACCUCACCCUGCACUAUCCCACGGAACACGUGCACCUCUGGGUGGGCAGCCCAUCCACCACGGAGGGCUGGGUGCGUGAGGGCGACUCUGUUCAGCUGCUCUGUGAGGGGGACGGCAGCCCCAAUCCGGAGUACACGUUUUUCCGUCUUCAGGACAAGCAGGAGGAAGUGCUGAGCACAAACUUGGAAGGGAAGCUGACGCUGGAGGGCGUGAACCGGAGCCAGAGCGGGAUCUACGGCUGCCGAGUGGAAGACUUUGAUGCUGCCGAGGAUGUGGUGCUCACUCGGACGCUGGGGGUGAACGUGUCCUACCUGGACCCCCUGGAGCUCAGUGCGGGAAAGGAGCUCUCCGUGUUUCUAAACAGCAGCCGCAUGGCGGUGACCUGCUCUGCCAGGGCCCAGCCUGCACCCACCCUGCGCUGGACCAAGGACUCCGUCCCUCUGGAGAAUGGACCCACGCUGUCGCUCGGCCCCUUCACCUUCGAUUCCGCUGGCACCUAUGUGUGUGAGGCCUCCAUGCCCAGUGUCCCCCUCGUCAGCCGCACCCAGAGCUUCAGGCUGCUGGUCCAAGGGUCUCCAGAGUUAAGGGCAAAGGAGCUGGAGCCCAAGGCUGAGGGCAGCUGGACGGAAGGGGACGAUGUCGAGCUCAUCUGCUCCGCCCGCGGCUACCCGGAGCCCGAGCUCACCUGGAGCCAGCCGGGUGGCAGUCCAGCAGAGCGGGCCCAAGGCGGACAGGGCUGGGUGAGCAGCUCGCUGACCCUGCGAGUGACCAGCACCCUGGGCCGUGAGGGAGUCUCCUGCGAGGCCUCCAACUCCCACGGGCGACUCAGCCACGUCUUCCACUUCGGCAUGGUGGCCCCCCAGGCUGCCCAGGCUGGAGUGGCCGUCAUGGCCGUGGCCGUCAGUGUGGGCCUCCUGCUGCUCGUGGUCGCCGCCUUCUACUGCAUGCGACGCAAGGGACGCCCAGGCUGCUGCCGCCGCAGAGAAAAGGGGACCCCUGCUGAGCCCGAGACCUGGAGGCUCCGGGCACCGACCCUGAGCUGUGGGCACCUGAGAAGCAGCCCUGUGCCCCCUGCCCCUCCUUCUCCAGCCCGGCUGGCCAUGUCCCUCCCUUCCUUCCUCUGCCUGUUGGCCAGGGACCCACUGCCCGGCCUGGCCUCCGGGAGGGGUGGUGGGAGGUGGGUGGCCGGGAGGCUGCCUUCCUCAGGGAGUGUCACUCUCCCAGGCCCCAGAAUAGCUGCUGGACCCGAGCCCAGGGCCGGCCUGGGACGAGGCUGGAGGGUCGCUGGCCGUGGCUAUUUUUACCUCCUCCCCCGAGCGGGUCCCCCCACCUGAGUCCUGCUACACAGUCUGACACUGGAUCCCCUCCGCCCUCGCCCCCGGCCCUCGUCUGUGGACACUGGAGUCUGGAAUAAAUGCUCUCUGUCACAUCCA